AUGAGCAUCAGCCUUCUGCAGGUGCCAGGACGUACAGUACGUGUGAGAAUCUUGUCGAUGUCUGGCGAAACACUGCUCACCCUUCCGCGUGCAGAUCGUUGCUGGACGGUGAUGACACUGAAGGAGCUGGUGGAGGCGGCUCUGCACCGCCCGAGAUGCACACAGCGUCUCCUGCUGAAGCAUGAAGACUUGGAGGAUGUGAACCAAGACUUUCGCAGCUUGGCCGGGCUGCUCCCUGAGGGAGCGGUGGAGCUCGAUCUCACUCUGCUGAAGCAGGAACCACACCCCGAGGCGCUCUAUGAAGAGGCCAAAGCAGGCAGAGGAGGGACGUGCCUGGCCCUCCUGCAGCUUCCUGAAAUGGGGAGGCUCAUAAACUAUGUGGAUGCAGCAUCACAGCAGAGCGUUCUGCAUAUGGCAGCAGCCAUGAGACUCGGUGCAGCCUGCCUCAGCAUCGCAGCUUGCCCAGCGUUCGAGCAUGUCAACUUGAUCGACGGGCGCAGGAACUGGAGCGUGCUGCACUGGGCGGUGCAUUCCUCCAUGCCAGAUGUUUGUGCGGCAAUCCUCUCUCGACGAGACUUCACACAAGGCGGGCAUAGAGACGACAGUGGCGAUACGGCGCUGGAUCGUGCAAUAGAUGCAGGAUACCGCGACUGCAUUUUCGCCAUGGUUCCACUCCUCAGCACAAAGGAUUUGCUGAGUCUACCUCUUCCGAUGCCGGUGUUGAUCAAUCCCAACGACGUCAAACGCAUCCAGCAUGUUGCUCAUGGGGACAAAGACGUUGCCGAAGCGAUCCAAGAGACCUUGGCGAAACGAAAACAGUUUGCUUCUCUCCAGCACUGGACAUGUGAACUCCGUAGCAAGCUCAAAAGCGAGCGUGAGCAGAGACAUCAGGACAACUUGGACUGGGGCCGGAAGUACGGGGAGAUGCAGACCGACAAGGAGGAUCUGCAAGCCCGACUGAGCAGGGAGUGUUCACAGCUCGAAUCGCGCCUUCAGGCCCAUGAAAAGCGGCAGCUGGAUGAGCGGCAGGCGUGGAUCGAGGAGCGAACGAGGUUAGAGUCGCACUGCAGCGAGCAGGAGAAGCAAUUGGAUGCAAAGCAGGUGAGUUUGGAUCAGCUGCAUCGCCAAGUUGCUGUCUCCGAGACAGCCCACACCUCGAAGGUCAGCGAGACCCAAAGUUUGGAUCAGGUAGCCGCUGAACUCCAGCGGCAAAUGCGCGAGUCUGAUGAUGCCCUUGCGGCGGCAGUGCGCAGCAAUGAAGAUCUCCGAGGGCAGCUGAGCGAGCAGCGCCUGCGCUUCCAGGACAAAAACAACCUUGACUUGUCAGACUGUCGGGGCUCCUGCGAGCGCCGCCUCACCGAACACCGGCGGGCGGACGAGGUGGAGUCAGCCCUGGCGAUGCAGCAGAUCGAGGCAAUGGAGGACGAGAUCAAAAGCUGUGACGAGGAAGAGAUUGUCAAGAGUGAUGAGGAGAUCCGUGUGACUGCUGCUGGCAGUGUCUCAGCUUACGUCUCCCGCGCUGCAACGGUCUUCAACGACCUAGGCAAGUCCUUCGUCGUCAUUCAGGCGACCGGCAACGCGCUGACCAAGGCUGUCACUACUGCCGAAGUCAUUAAACGCCGAUUCAAGGGUCUGCACCAGAUCACCAACAUCGGCACCACCGACAUCGUGGACGAGUACGAACCAAUUGAAGAAGGCCUGGACAAGGUCGUCGACACGCGCAGCGUGUCCGUCAUCGAGAUCAAGCUGUCCAAGGAUGCCUUGGACACAAUGGACAAGGGCUACCAGCCACCUCUCGACGAGUCCCUUGUGAAGGAGUACACGCCGGAUGAUCGCCCAGCUGGAGGACGCGGCAAGGGUCGCGGAAAGGGAAAAGGACGCGGCAAGGGUCGAGGAAAAGGACGAGGAAAGGGCCGCGGAAAGGGAAAGGGAGAAUCGAAAGGUAAGGGCAAGGGAAAGACAACCACUUCCAAGGGGAAGGGAAAAGGCAAGGGAGAGUCUAAAGGCAAGAGCUCCAGCAAGGGCAAGGGAAAGAGCCGAAGCUAUGAUGAUUACGAGGACGACUAUGGCUACAGUGGAAAAGGCAAAAGCAAGGGCAAGGGCAAGUCGUCAGAGAAGGGCAAGAAGGGCUCGGACUUUGGAAAAGGCAAGGGCCGAGAUGACAAGGGCAAGGGGAAAGGCAAGGACAAAGGCAAGACGAGCAAGAGCAGGGACUACUAUGAUGACUACAGCUACGGAGGACAGAGCAAGGGCAAAGCAAGGUCUGGAUAUUCAAGUUACGAUUCAGGUUAUGGUGAUUACGGCUACGGAGGCAAGAGCAAGGGAAAGAGCAAGGGCACGAGCAAAAGCACCCAGAGUUACGGAAGUGGCGGUCGCAGCUACAAUAAUGACUGGGGAUACGAGGACCAGUGUUCCCCAGGGAUCUCACCAAAGUCAACCGCCCAGGCAGCCGCCUUCUUGACGUGCAAGAGCUGCUUGCUUCACGUUGUGUCAGGAUCGCGGCUACUCCAGCCGCAAGGGGAGCAGCAAGGGCCAGAGCAAGGGAUGGUACUGAGCACAGCAGCUUGGCCCAGCUUGGCAAGCAAAAGGCAAACACCCGUCCCGCUGCUCACCUUUGGUGAGAUCAGACGCCGCGGCGUGCUGGAUGCCGCGCUGCAAGACAUAGCGGCCUCCGACGCAGACAUCUCCUUGUGGAGGUCUCAUUGGGACACUGAGAACAACGGCCGAGAGGCCCUUGAGAAAGAUUUCAAUGCUUCAAAACAGAGCUUCAACGGCGAGCUGCUGACAUUGCAGGCCAUGUGCAACGUGCUGAGUGGCUGCAAUGAAGACCUCGAGCAGGAGAUUCGCCAACUUUCAGGCGACUUGGUACACAAGCGCCGCACGAUCAUGAGUCGUGAAGUUGAGAGCACGACGCGACAGGCAGCCGCGGAAGCGCAGCUGAAGGAGUCGCAGGAGCUGCUGGUAAGCUGCCGCGAGCGCUUGCGAGAAGUAGUGGACCAGCGGGCACGAGUGGCAUCAGAGGCCGAGGCGCAGCGCCAGAAGGCCAUCGAGGUGCUGUCCGUCAUGGAAAGGAACCUGGAGAACCAGGUGCAAGUCCUUUACACCGACCGCGAGCGCUAUGAAGCCGUGCUGCUCAAUCAUCGAAAGGUGCACGAGCAGGCCAAAGAGGAGUGCCAGCGCGAGAAAGACCUCGCCUCCACAGCCUUGAGGCAAGCUCGAAGUGAAAGCCUCCAUCGCGUUGAAGGCAUGGAGAAGGAGAAGAUGAGGAUCGAGGAGAGCAGACGGAGCGAGUUGGCCCAGGGUCACGAGUGUUCCAUGAUGGUUCAUUCAUGGUUCAUUGAGUUUGGCUUUCGCUCGGCGCGGUCGAUGAGGUACCCUUUCUUGAUUUGGGGAGCCGCCCUCUUUGUGGUUCCGGCGAUGGGAUUGGCCAUGGGCAUGGUCUGGGCAGCCUCCAUGAUAGGCCACGACAGGGCUGUCAUGCAUCUGUUCAUGCCAUCGGCAGAAAUGGUGGCGCAAACGAUCCCAGUUGUGCGCGACUUCAUACCUGACGAAGUUCCAGCUGAGGAGCUCUCGGCACGGCGUCUAGAAGCUGAAGCAACUGCGGAGAGGGUGGCCGCGGAGAUUGAAGCAGAGAUCCAGGCGCUUCAGCUGGCUCAUUUUGCUCGAAUUUAA